AUGCCUUCAGAAAGCCAGCCCGUUUUGCAGAGGCCCGAGGAAGAGGAAGGUUUUCUGGAAUGCGAGUCCAAAGAUAUUUCUUUAGCAGCGAUUUCAACCUUUAGAUCGAGCCAUCAGAGACAUCAGCAACUCAUCAUCGCGCAAGGGAUCAUAUUAGCUGUACUGCUGGUGGUAAUUGCAGGAAUAUUGUGGAAAGACCAAGCAGUGGAAGCGGGUUGUCCAUAUAACAGUACAGAUGGGCAGCUUCCAGAUCAUGUUUACUCGCCCGCCGAAAAGGCCAUUCGAUAUAAGAAUAUCGCCUUCGCCCCUAGCCUCGGCCAUGAUUUGACCAAAUACCAGGGACCUCCAACGCCAGAGAACGCAAAAGCCUGGGAGGACCUGUACAUCUUCGGCACCAGUAGAAUUCCCAUGAGCGAGGCGGCCAAGCUCAUAAAUAAAACAGAGCCUAUCCCUAACUAUCCAGGAGAAUACGUGAUACAACUCGAUGUAUUCCACCAGCUUCACUGUUUGAACAUGGUUCGACUCAAGCUUUGGGGAUCAGAAGAGUACCUCGAGCAACACAAUAUAGACAUGGGCCAUCUUGACCACUGUAUUGAUUCUAUGCGCCAAAGCUUCAUGUGCUCGGCGGAUAUUUCAGCAAUCAAUUAUCAGUGGGAUGAGGCUGAGCAAUAUUCUAAAGGCCAGUUAACCACAAUGCAUACCUGUCGCGACUUUGAUGCUAUCAAGGGAUGGGCGCUAGAACAUACGCUGGAAACUUGGGACUCACGUACUCAUGUCCCUGACCCAUUGAAGGGCGGUAUAUAA